AAUCAACAACAAGAAGAAACCACUCAGCCGUUAACACAAAUUUUAUUUUUUACAUUUUAAACUUCAGCGUUCGCGUGUGACCAAAGUGAAAAGAAACAAAUAUUUCUUCUGCUCACGCUAACACGUUAGCUUCACUGUGUUCGACAUUAUCUACCAUUUCCAACGUGUAGUUACGGGGCUUUACCACCAGAGGUCGCUGAGGCCCACAGUUAGCUGCAGUCUGCCGACGCUCCAGACUGUUGUCUUAUAAAUGUGUGUGUCAGAAAGUUGCGCCGUGUAGCGCCACCUGCCCUCUUAAAUAGGAACAGUCGUUAGAAAAUUUUUUACCCUGAUUUUUUAGUGAGCCUCGGUUUUAUCCACCUCUGUCCUCCUGCAGGGGAAACCUGCCGACCUGCUGUACAAACGCUCCAGGACUCACCUGAUGUCCGACGACGGCACCAUGAGACCCGACAAGGACGACGCCAUGUCCAAACCCCAGGUGGUUUAUGAAGGCAUCAGCGGCCACAUCAUCUCCUACGACCGUGCCGCGUCACAGACUCCUAAAGAUGAAGGUCGGGGCCCAGGGCAGCACGGAGAACUCCUCGGUCUGAAGCGUCUUCAUGAUGCCAUGGAGGGGGGCAUUUCUAAAGGACUGCCCCUGAGGGAUUCUCUGUCCGCGGUCAACCCUGAAGGUCUGCUCGGACGAGCCAUGCCCCACGACCGGGACAGUCCACAUCACGCACCUUACAAGGACGCGCCCCACAUCCACGGCUCCAUCUCGCAAGGUACCCCGCGACAUCAGGACCCCCAGGACGGUUACCUCAGGAGGGAAGCCAAGCAGAUGAAGAGAGAGGGUUCCCCCCCGCGCGGGGACCCACUGAAGGGCCGAGAGGCCAUGGUGCCCACGGUGAAGGAGGCGGGACGCUCCAUCCACCUGAUUCCCAGGGAGCCCGUCAAAGAGGGCAUCAUCACGCAGCAGGGGGCUCCCUUGAAGCAGGAGUCCGGCGGCUCGGGGAAACGGCACGACGUUCGCUCCAUCAUGGCCAGCUCCCCCCGCUCUUACCACAACCCCGCCUCCCACCUAGAAAUGCGGGCCGAGCGGGGGCGCUACGAGGAGCUGCCCAAGGGUCGGCCCAGCGCCGUGGUCAGCACGGCCAGUCCCAUAGCCCGGUCCUCGCCGCUGACCCUGGGCUCGGACCAGGGGGCCAAAGCUCACCACAGCCCCCUGGGCUACGACGACAAGGGCGCCCUGAGAGCCCCCUACCCACGGGGCUCGCCGUUGUCCAGAGAGGCGAGUCAGAGGCAGCACGACGCUUCGAACAAGAACCCCACGCAGGAGCGUAAGGCCACCCCGAGUCCGCGGGAGAUGAGCUCCACCAAGUCCCCCCUGCCUGGAGUGCCUGACCAGCAGACCUACGAGCGUCUACUCCAAGGUCUGGGAGCCUCGGACGUAUACCGGCAGAUCCCCAUCGCCUUCGAUCCCGCAGCUCUGCCUCGAGGGAUUCCCAUCGAACCAGCUACCUACUACCUGCCCCGUCACCUCACCCCCAACCCGGCCUACCCGCACCCGUACCCGUACCUCAUCCGCGGCUUCCCGGACACGGCGGCCCCGGAGAACCGCCAGACGCUGUUCAACGCCUACAUCACCUCCCAGCAGAUGCACCACUCCGCCGCCGCCGCCAUGGCCGCCCAGCGCUCGGAGCUUCUCCGGGGCCUGACGCCGCGGGACCAGCCUCUGCCUCUGCCCUAUUCCGCCGCGCCGCGAGGAAUCAUCGAUCUUUCUCAGGUACCGCACUUACCUGUCCUGGUGCCUCCCUCUGCAGGGACCGCCGGCUCCCCGAUGGAUCGCAUCAACUUCAUCCCCGGGGGAAGCGGCAACUUUCCGGGCAGGCCUUACACCACCUCCCCCAUCUCACCCGUCGGCUCUUCUCACGUCAACAAAAUGCAAGGCGCGCCGUCGGAGCGCGGCGAGCAAGAGCAGCGGGAGAGGGAGCGCGAAAGAGAGAGAGAGCGCGAGCGGGAACGAGAGAGGGAUCGUGAACGGGAGCGGGACCGGGAGAGGGGACGGGAUCGGGACAGAGAGAGAGACCGGGAGAAAGGAGGCACCCUGGGGAAUGUGGAGCACGCCCCCAUCUGGCGCCCGGGUACGGAGCACAGCCUUAUCGGUGGCGUCGGAGGCGUUGGCGGAGGAGUCGGCGGCGGCGCCGUCGUCCGAACCGCUCCUCACUCCUACAGCCACCAGCACUCCCCCGUGUCCCCCCGCACGCAGGAGAACGUGCAGCAGAGGCCCAGCGUCCUGCACAUGUCGGUUCAGGAGCAGGAACUCCGAUCACUCGGUAAGACCACCAUGACUGCGGCCAGCUUCGUAAACGCAGUUGUGUUGCAUCAAAUUUCUUGCGAAACGGCCCAGUCCGAGGCGGGCGGCGGCGCCGCCAACCAGGCUCAACAGAAGAUGGAGUCUCACCCCCUCUACUGUCCCCCCUCUGAAGACAGGCUGUCUCCGGGCCAGCAGCCGCCGUCCCCCUGUGUCAAGGGCAGCCAGAGGACGGUCACCUUGGCUCAGCACAUCAGUGAGGUCAUAACCAAGGACUACACCAGGCAGAGUCAGCAGCAGCAGAGCUACCACGGCUCCCCCGUCCUGGACCUCACCCGGCCACCCAGGCCCCCCCCGUCCUCACAGGACCUGUCCCAGGGUCCACGCUAUCAGGAGACCCUGAGUGGGGACUGCAACAGAGACCGAGACCAGUCUCCUCAGCCCAAGAUGUCUCCUGUCAGCAUCUCCAAUGACGGCAUCGAACCGGUGUCUCCCGCCGGGGCCGGCUCAGAACCCGAGGGUCAGGGAGGGUCCGCUGCCCCCAUGGACCAGGGGGACCAGGGACUGGGCUCCCGUUCCCCCCCCAACACCUCCCAGCCCCCGGCCUUCUUCAGCAAAAUGACAGAAAGUACCUCGUCCAUCGUCAGGUACCAGAAGCAGGAAAUGAUCAAGAAGAUGACGGUGGUGGGAAACGAGGGCGACUUCAAUGCUGGUCAGCCUGGGACGGAGAUCUUCAACAUGCCGGCGUCCUCAGCUGCAGGGACCGUCAGCGUCCGCAGUCACUCGACCCCAGAGGCUCCUGGGAACUCCAUCGGUCUGGAGGCCAUCAUCAGGAAGGCGCUGAUGGGUAAAUACGACGACCACUCUGAGGAGCGCUCCAACGUCUCCGGCUCCUUCGUCUCCGUGGACGGACGCGCGGAGGACGCCUACUCUCAAGCUGGAGGAAAGUCGUCCAAGGGCAGUGGACGCUCCAACGGACGCAAAGCCAAGUCUCCAGGUCCGGGUCUGUCCGGGGGGGAGCGGCCGUCCUCCGUGUCCUCCGUCCACUCGGAGGGAGACUGCAACAGGAGGACACCCCUGACCAACCGCGUCUGGGAGGACAGACCGUCGUCCACAGGUUCGGCCCCGCCCCCUUUCCCCUGUAACCCCCUCAUCAUGCGAUUCCCCAGCGGGACGGUCUCCGCCCCGUCCCCGUCCUCCGGUCAAGCCGGGGGACAGGGACGCUCCUGGGAGGAGGAGCCCAAACCUCUGCUCAUGUCCCAGUACGAGACUCUGUCUGACAGCGAGUGAGACGAGGACAGACGCUGGGAGACACUCCUCCGUCAUCAUUCCUCUCCCCCCGUGUCCUCCUCCUCCUCCUCCCGUCCUCAUGUCCUCCCCUGGACCGCAGUGGACAGAGACAUCGGUGACACAUCUGACCUGGGACCAGCAGUCGGGACUCUGACAGGAAGUCCUCUGCUGCUUCCUGUGUCCUCACACUCACACACACUCACUCACCUCCGUCUUCGGAGCGGAGACGCAGCGUCAGUCCGUCUUCACGUCCCCCCCCCGCCCUCUAGUGGACAUGUCCUGUCGUUGGUUUACAGGGUGAACGUUCUCUAACGUCCUGGUGUGUUGUCCUUGUCCUCCUCCUCCUCGUCCUCCUCAUGUCUGUCUCUGUCCGUCUCUGUCUUCAGUCGGACUGGAGGACGACGUCUUUUUUUUUUUUUUUCCCUGUCACGUUCGCAGAGACAAUCGCAAUUUGGUUUUUAAAAAAAUAGAGAGAGAAAAGAAACAAAAAAAUGUCGCUUCACACAGGAACAGGAAGUGGAACAGGAACAGGAAGUGGAACAGGAACAGGAAGUGGAACCUUUCUAGUGUUAAGUGCCAUUUAAUUUUCCAGCCAGUCGUGAGGGGGACGUUUGUUUUCUUCACCCUCUCCAGGUCUGACUCCACGCAGGGAAACAGAAGAAAAAAAAAAA